GUAUCUAGUUCGCUAUCAGCCUUUCUCACAACUCUUUCGUUGGGCGUCACUAGAUAUACUUUACUACUUCGUUCACUCGCAUAAAAUCCCUGCGUACCUUUCCUCCCAUUCCCAACACAUCCUCGAAGAGACCAACUAGCCGAUCAACCACCGACCUCUUGAACCAUGAAGACUCUCAAGACCGUCAGCAAGGGCGUCAGUGAUAGUGGAGCCUGGAAGAAACUCGCAAAACCAACCGUCAGUCGAGGAAAGACCGCUUGGCCAAAGAACAAGCCCGACCUUGAGCGAUACGGUGUUCGCUUCGACUACGACGGGGAGGUGAUCCAGAAUGGGCAGGCAUUCCACAAGUACCAGUUACAGCCCAAUGCGGGCAAGAUUCCAGCUUCAAUCGAGGACUGGAGGAAAAAGAACGGUGGAACGCACGGAGUUAUGACAUCAAUUCUGAUCAAGAAGGAUGCCACAAAAGAGGAGGUAACUCAAGCCGUCGAUGACGCGAUAAGGAAUGUCAAGUUCUGAGCGUGUGUUGAUAGAACCAGGAGAGGGUCCUACGACAGAUGUGACAACUAGACUUUGGACUUCGGGAUUGGUGUUGAGGUCUCAGUG